AUGGCCGCUCGCUGGCUGGGUCAUCGCAGCAGCGAGAUGGACACAGACAGCGACGACCUCCACAUCAUCUCCUCCGGCCCCGCCACCAAAUCCUCGAGUCGCGUACCGUCUGGUGAGCGUGUGGAGUGGACUGACGAUGAUGAACCAGCACCCGUGAAAAGCAAGUCCAAGACCAAGUCGAACUCGAAGCCGAAGCAGCGUCGCGAGAAGCAGAGCCGCGAGCCACCGAAGAAGCGCACGAAGACAACUGGAAAGUCAAUGGUUGGCAGGAAAGCGACGAGUACAAAGCGCAAGAUUACGAGCAGCGGCGAGGAAGAAGACGACACCCUUGACGAUAUAUUACCACAAUACCUUUGCGAUCGAGCAGCAGAAUGGGAGACCCACCUGGGCGCCACCGCAGAAGAUGGACUAUGUUACCCGCCUCGACUUCGUGACGAAGAGUCGCAGCGGACACAUCUUGACACACGCCCUGUUCUGCCCGACCACAUACCAAAGUCAGGCCCGUGCGAACCAAUCGACAUUGGAGAUGACGCGAGUACUAUACCAGGACCUAUCGCGCAGUAUCUCAAGCCAUAUCAGGUCGACGGUGCCGACUUUCUCUACAAGAAGUUCCUCUAUCAGAAAGGAGGCAUACUCGGCGACGACAUGGGCCUCGGCAAGACCAUCCAAGUCAUCGCAUUCCUGACUGCAGCCUUUGGCAAGAGCGCCAACGAGAUGGACCAGAAGCGAAUGCGAGCCAUACGCAGACAGGCUGACGACGACUGGUAUCCAAGAGUCCUCAUCGUCUGUCCGGGUGGCCUCAUGGCGAACUGGAGGAACGAACUUGAGCGUUGGGGAUACUGGCACGUUGACACAUAUCACGGCGGCAAGAAAGUGAAGGAAGCAGCCUUGGCGACAGCACAUUCUGGACGUCUCGAGAUCAUGAUUACACCUUACCAGACUUACACAAACGAUGAGAGCGCCAUCAACACCAUCCGCUGGGACUGCGUGAUCGCAGACGAGUGCCACAUGUUCAAGAAUCGUCGUUCUGAUGUCUGCAAGGCCAUGAUGAAUGUCAACGCUCUCUGUCGCAUUGGACUUUCAGGGACUGUCAUUCAGAACAAGUACGAAGAGCUCUGGGUCCUGCUGAACUGGUGUUCUCCUGGCAGACUCGGUCCCAUGAUUAACUGGAAGAACAAGAUCUGUAUACCUCUCAAGAUGGGACAAGCCCACGGCGCGACGAACACUCAAUUGGCAACAGCCCGAAACAUUGCAGAGAGACUGGUGAAGAAUCUGCUACCCAAAUUCUUCCUACGACGCACAAAGGCCCUAAUCGCACAUCAGCUUCCCAAGAAGAGUGACAGGGUAGUCUUCUGUCCAUUGACACCCGCCCAAGCAGAUGCUUACAACAACUUCACCGCAAGCGAACUCGUGACGGUCAUCAGAGACGCCACGUCGCCGUGCACAUGUAACUCUGGCAGAAAGUCUGGGUGGUGCUGCAAUCAAGAGGUCGAGGGCUGGGGCGACUGGAGAUUCUUUGUCUUUCCUGUCCUGGUCACACUGCAGAAGCUAUCCAAUCAUCUUGCUCUGCUUCUACCCAGUGGAGAGAGUGAUCACGAACGCAUGGCUAAGGAUAUUGCGACGCUCAAGCUCGCAGUUGGGGAGAACGAGUGGGAAGACUACUUCAAGAGGAGAGACGAGACUACCUACUGGGCGAAGGCGGAGUUCUGCGGCAAGUGGAAGGUUCUCAAGAAACUACUACAUUUGUGGGACGACAACGGAGACAAGGUCUUGAUCUUCUCCCACUCGGUCAAGCUUCUGAGGCUGUUGCACAUGUUCUUCAAAGUAACAUCGGAAUUCGUCGUAUCAUACCUGACCGGAGAGAUGAGCUACGACGAGAGGCAAGCGGAGGUUGACCUCUACAAUACCGACCCAAACAAAUUCAUCUUCCUAAUAUCGACAAAAGCAGGCGGGGUCGGUCUGAACAUCACCAGCGCCAACAAAGUCGUCAUCAUGGAUCCGAACUGGAACCCGGCAUGGGACCAACAAGCACAAGAUCGAGCAUACCGCAUGGGCCAACUGCGCGAUGUUGACGUCUUCCGCCUCGUCUCGGUCGGCACAGUCGAAGAGAUUGUGUACGCCAGACAGAUUUACAAACAACAACAAGCAAAUAUUGCCUACGAUGGCUCCAACGAGCGUCGCUACUUUACAGGCGUUCAAGACCAGAAGAACCAGAAAGGAGAGAUCUUCGGCCUUGCUAACCUUUUCGCUCCCAUGGCAGAGAACGUCGUGCUUCAAGACAUCGUCAACAAGACCAACGUCGCAGAAUCUCGCGCUGGCGUGGAGAUUGCAGGGUUGGACUUGGAGGCUAGCCAGGAAGAUGACGGACGGGAACUCAGCCCUUUGGGUGAUAUGGACGCCGCUAUGGAUGAGCUGGCACAGGAGAUUAUAGGACACGGAGAAGCAAGACGUAAAGCUGCGAAAGAGACUGCGAAGCAAUUGGACCCAGUGCAAGCCAUCUUCGCCUCCGCAGGAGUAGAGUACACACACGAGAACACAGAAGUCAUCGGAACCUCCAAGAUGGAGACGAAAAUCUCCUCCCGCGCACAGAAAGCAGGAGAUGACAUUGACCGCAUAAACGAGCUCGCGUUCGGCGCUAUUGACUCGCAAUCACAGCUCGACAUGGCCAAAGCCAGCGACGAUGGCAUAGACCUCGGGGAUGGACUGGGGCGGGUGCGCUACAGGUAUCGCCCGCCGCAGGAGGUGCGCGUGAGGCAAUUCUGUACUAUGGCCAAGCAGUUUGGGUAUGAGGAUGUGGCGGAGUUUGCCCUGGUGGUGGAGGGCUGGGAUCAAGGGCAAAGGCGGGACUGCUUGGAGCGUUUCUACCUGGAUAGGCGCAGGACGCUGGCGGAGAGCCAGCAGGCAUAG